AUGAAACAAAAAUUUAUCCGCCCUCGUUCGUACCGCUAACGAUGACGACUGGGCGUGACGUGGACGGUGGGACCCACCCACCCCCACCACCGCUUUACAUUUUUCCUGCAAAAACCCCAAAAUCAACAAAUUCUUCAAGCUUUUGCUUUGCGCCAUUGAUAACCACUUGUUACCAUGGCGGAGGCGAUAGGUAAGAGAGUCCUGGAUAAAGGCUGGCUUGCCGCGCGGUCCACGGAGGUUGACCUCACCGGAGUUGAGCUCACCACCACUACUCCUCCUUCCUCCGAUCACUCGCCGUGGAUCGAAGCUCUCAUACCUGGAACUGUUUUGGCUACCCUUGUGAAGAACAAGCUUGUACCUGAUCCCUUCUACGGGUUGGAAAACGAGUCGAUUAUUGAUAUAGCUGACUCCGGAAGGGAACAUUACACUUUCUGGUUUUUUACGACAUUCGAAUGCAAUCUGUCUACAAAUAGCUAUGUGGAGCUAAAUUUCCGCGCCAUAAAUUACUCUGCCGAGGUUUAUUUAAAUGGGCACAAAGAGGUGCUGCCAAAGGGAAUGUUCCGAAGACAUUCUAUUGAUGUCACCGAGUUUUUAAAUUCGAGUGGCGAAAAUAUGCUGGCUGUCCUGGUUUAUCCUCCGGAUCAUCCUGGCACAAUUCCUCCUGAAGGUGGUCAGGGUGGUGAUCACGAGAUUGGGAAGGAUGUCGCGGCACAAUAUGUUGAGGGUUGGGAUUGGAUGGCUCCUAUAAGGGAUAGGAACACUGGCAUCUGGGAUGAGGUUUCUCUUUCAUUUACUGGGCCAGUGAAGAUAGUGGAUCCUCACUUAGUCUCAUCAUUCUUUGACGACUACAAGAGAGCCUACCUUCAUACAACAGUGGAGUUGGUUAACAAAGGCGACUUAGUUGCUGACUGUACUCUGAAUAUUCAAGUGGGAACUGAACCUGAAGGAGAUCUAAUCCUGGUAGAGCAUCUUCAGACACAGAAGCUUUCUAUUCCUGCUGGAUCUCAUGUUCAAUAUACUUUACCCGAGUUAUUCUUUUAUAAACCCAAUCUUUGGUGGCCCAAUGGAAUGGGGAAACAAUCUCUUUACAAUGUAGAAAUAACAGUUGAUGUGGAAGAUCACGGAGAAUCUGAUUCGUGGAGUGAGCAUUUUGGCUUCCGGAAGAUUGAGAGUGACAUAGAUACUACUACUGGUGGAAGGCUAUUUAAGGUCAAUGGAGAGCCAAUAUUUAUCCGUGGGGGUAAUUGGAUACUGUCAGAUGGAUUACUACGGCUCUCAAAGAAACGGUAUAAAACCGAUAUCAAAUUCCAUGCCGACAUGAACUUCAACAUGAUACGCUGUUGGGGUGGUGGGCUUGCUGAAAGGCCUGAAUUCUAUCAUUACUGCGAUAUUUAUGGUCUUCUGGUUUGGCAAGAAUUCUGGAUAACUGGAGACGUUGACGGGCGAGGUGUUCCGGUAUCAAAUCCCGAUGGUCCAUUGGACCACGACCUUUUCUUGCUGUGUGCUAGAGACACUGUUAAGCUGCUAAGAAAUCAUCCUAGUCUUGCUCUGUGGGUUGGAGGCAAUGAGCAAGUCCCUCCAGAUGACAUUAAUACGGCUUUGAAAAACGAUUUGCAACUCCAUCCCUAUUUCGAAACUAAUUUCGAAAGUAAUAAGAAUUUCAAGAAAGAGAUUAGCCCAAUUUUGAAGGAUCCAAGUGAAUAUCUUGAUGGAACACGUAUUUACGUCCAAGGUUCUAUGUGGGAUGGCUUUGCAAAUGGGCAGGGAGAUUUUACCGACGGACCCUACGAAAUUCAAAAUCCCGAAAACUUUUUCAAAGAUGAUUUUUACAUGUACGGUUUCAAUCCCGAGGUUGGUUCUGUAGGAAUGCCUGUGGCAGCUACUAUCAGAGCAACAAUGCCACCCGAGGGGUGGCAAAUCCCCUUAUUCAAUAAAUUAGCUAGCGGUUAUAUUGAGGAAGUCGCUAAUCCUAUAUGGGUUUACCAUAAGUACAUUCCGUAUUCGAAACCGGGCUUGGUUCAUGACCAGAUUUUACUAUACGGAACACCGAAAGCUCUUGAUGACUUUUGUCUUAAGGCGCAAUUGGUUAAUUAUAUCCAAUAUAGAGCUCUCUUAGAAGGUUGGACCUCGCGUAUGUGGACCAAAUAUACAGGUGUCUUGAUAUGGAAAACGCAAAACCCAUGGACAGGUCUAAGAGGUCAGUUCUAUGAUCAUCUUCAUGACCAGACAGCGGGGUUCUAUGGCUGCCGUUGUGCUGCUGAACCAAUUCAUGUCCAGCUUAAUCUGUCAACUUAUUUCAUAGAGGUGGUGAACACGACAUCGAAAGAACUAUCUGACGUAGCUAUAGAAGCUUCAGUUUGGGAUCUAGAAGGAGCAUGCCCAUACUAUGAAGUCUUCGACACACUCACUAUACCAUCCAAAACAACAUUAUCCACUUCCGAGAUUAAGUAUCCGAAUUCCGACAAUGCUAAACCCGUUUAUUUCCUUCUUCUCAAACUCUAUAAAAAGUCGGACGACGACAAGAAAAUAAUAUCCAGAAACUUCUACUGGCUACAUCUUCCGGGUGGCGAUUAUAAACUCCUCGAACAAUACAAAUCCAAUAAAAUCCCCCUCAAAAUUAUGUCUCUAACUUUCAUCAAAGGGUCAAGCUACGAGGUAAAAAUGCACAUACAGAAUACUUCGAGUAACAACGGGGAUUUUGUCGAUAGAGAAAAGGGACAAAGCUGGUUCCGGAAGAUUCUGAAGAACUUCCCGAAGAAAGGCAGUGAAGUGAAAGUUACGGAAAUAGGUGGGGCCCAGAGUGGUGUUGCCUUCUUUCUUCACUUCUCUGUACAUACUUCGGAAAAAGAUGAGAAAAAAGGUGAAGACACUCGAAUUUUGCCGGUUCAUUAUUCUGACAACUAUUUCUCCUUGGUUCCUGGUGAGGUAAUGGCUGUAACACUUAACUUUGAGGCUCCGGAAGGCGUAACUCCUUGUGUUUUGAUCAAUGGUUGGAAUUACGAAGGUGGAGUUGUUGUUUCAUUAGCUUGAUAAUACUUUAGUUUAUCUGUAAUCUACUAAUCUUUGGUGACUCAAUGUAUGUAUGAAUGUAUUGUACUAUAUUAUGUAUUGCAGCUUGAAAACUCAUAGUUCAUCACUUACCCAAUAUUUGUUUGAAUAUUUGUUGUUG